AUGAGACACAAUGUUGGUGGGGCUGAGAAAGACAAUAACCGAGUAAUUGGUUUGAAGCCUAGGGAGGGGAAUAUUUUCAUGGGCAUGGACAUGGGCAUAAUCUACUCUAAUUCCUCGACUAUGGCAUACGAGUGGAAGGGAUUCGUAUGUUGGUUCCACCGGGGGCUGAGGGGGAGUCCUCGGCGCACCGCUUUGCGAUCCCGAGUACCUAUCCUCACAAAUCUACAACCACAGCUCCAAUGCAACCCCCGACAGCCCCCGCCGUCUCGCUGUACCUGGCCACCCCAGACUAGCGCAGAUCAGCCUGAAGCCCUUGAGCUUGACUCGCUUGGAGACCCUCUCAUCAUGCUCCCUGAUCUCAUUUACGUCUGGCCUCCACUCUCCGCCACACCUACAUCCUCGACAUUUGCCUUUCGCACCUCUCCGGCUAAUCAGACCAUGCUCUUACGUUUCGGACCAUCACAAUCCGAUACUGUUGUCACCAGCCUUUUAGAUGAAGGCCAGUUAGUUAGAGCUGCAGAUACUAGCGAUAAAGAUAUCUAUAGUCAAAAUACUCGACCAGAAGAGGAGAUAAAACAGGGCGAUCGAUCUAAUAUACAUGCUUCUAAUCGUGAACAUAAGCCAGUAAUCAGAAACCAUGGUGGGCAGGCGGAUGAAAUCAUGGCUUGUAUGGUGUGCGGCGAUUUGGCCAGUGGUGUGCAUUAUGGAGUACCCUCAUGCGAGGGCUGCAAAGGUUUCUUCAGGCGAUCCUUGCAGUGUUGA